AUGAUGAGCAGCUACCCGGACGGCGAGGAGGACACGGUGGCGCUGCUGGCUCAUGACACCAGCGGCGGCAAGGAGCCGGAUCGGGGCAAGGAGGAGCUGAGCGCGGACAAGGGCCCCGAGAAGCCGGACCCCUCGCAGAAGCCCCCCUAUUCCUAUGUGGCCCUGAUCGCCAUGGCCAUUCGGGAGAGCGCGGAGAAGAGGCUUACGCUGUCCGGGAUCUACCAGUACAUCAUCAGCAAGUUCCCUUUCUACGAGAAGAACAAGAAAGGCUGGCAGAACAGCAUCCGCCACAACCUCAGCCUCAACGAGUGCUUCAUCAAGGUACCCCGGGAGGGUGGCGGCGAGCGCAAGGGCAACUACUGGACCCUGGACCCCGCCUGCGAGGACAUGUUCGAGAAGGGCAACUACCGCAGGAGACGAAGGAUGAAACGGCCUUUCCGGCCACCUCCGACCCACUUCCAGCCUGGCAAGACCCUCUUCAGCCCCGACAGCUACGGCUACCUGUCCCCGCCCAAGUACUUGCAGUCCACCUUCAUGAACAACUCGUGGCCGCUGGCGCAGCCCCCCGCGCCCAUGCCCUACACGUCCUGCCAGAUGUCUGGUGGGAACGUCAGCCCCGUCAAUGUGAAAGGACUCUCGGGCCCGGCGUCCUACAGCCCCUACUCGCGGGUGCAGAGCAUGGCGCUGCCCAGCAUGGUGAACUCCUACAACGGCAUGGGGCACCACCACCACCACCACCCGCACGCCCACCACCCCCAGCAGCUCAGCCCGGCCAGCCCCGCUCCGCCCGCGGCCCCGGCGGCAAACGGAGCCGGCCUCCAGUUUGCCUGCGCCCGCCAGCCCGCCGAGCUGUCCAUGAUGCACUGUUCUUACUGGGAGCACGACAGCAAACACAGCGCCCUGCACUCCCGCAUAGACAUCUAGGGAGACUCCGGCCAGCCGC